AUGAAAAAUUUAAAACAACAGCCAUGCUUGAAAGAAUUUUUUGACCACUGUUGCACAACAAGGCAUUAUUUUUUUACGAUAAAAAAGUGUGAAGAUUCGCAUUAUAAAUCUUUUGGAGAACUUUAUGGCACUGAUACAACGGAAAAGUACAGACCUUCACGCGAAAAAGCAAUUUCUAGAACAAAAUAUGCUCAAACAAGAGGAAGGGAAUAUGAAAAACCAAGACUAUUAUUUAGUGCAAAAAAAUUACUGGAAAAGGAUCGUCAAAUACUUUGUCGAUUUCUCGAUACAAUCCUAUACACCUGCGGAACUGCCUUUCAAAAUACCUGCGAGUUAUCGCUUACUAUGCCACCUAGACAACAUUAUGAAUCAGGUGAAAUUCCUGAACAUGAUAACUAUAGUUACGAUGAUGAUUCUGUUUCUGGUCCUAGCAAUUUUAACCAAGAACAUAAUACCAGUAACAUUGAGGGCGAUGAAAGCAAUGAUGAUAUGCGAAGUGAUAAAAGUGGUGAUGAAAAUGUACAAAGUGAUGAAAGCGAUCAAGAAAAUGAAAUUAAUGAAAUGGACAAUACUUGUCCUAAAGAACCUGAUAACAAAAAUACAAAAGAUGCAGUUAAUGACCCUAUCAGGGAAAUUUUUAAGUACGUUUUCGUCAACGACUCUUGGACCUGUGACUCUCCAAUUGAAAAACCAUAUUAUUCAGUAUCAAUCUAUCCAAAUGUUUGUUACCUGUGUGGUAGCCUUGAUAUCAAUCAGCCUGUUCCUCAAGAUACCAGACGUACCCCUCUUUCUAAAGAAAAACGACCUAAAUGUGAAAACUGUGUUAGUUUGAAUGGUUCAGCUAAACGACAGAAUUCAUUUGUCAAAGGUAAAAAGACUAAAAAACGUUCACAGCAAGUUCUCGAGCAGUGA